CCGCUCGCUCGGUAGGCAGCCCGUACACAACAGUCAAGCCAAAUCACUGCUGGCAACGCUAAAGUGAGUUGUUCUGCUCCAGGGCCUAUGAAACAAGAAGGUCACCCAUCCCACCUCCCACUCUGACAGCUCAAGACACGUACAUUCCUGCAGUCCGCGCAGCCUUGCAGCAGCCCGACUGCCGUCCUGGCUAGUACUUAUUCACGCACCCUUGUAUUUACUGACACUCUUUUGAUGGACAGAGGACAAUCGAAGGAUUAGAUUAUACAAGGUCCAACUCUAGCCAACCAUGGAACAUCCCCCUCCCUCCCAUUACGAUGAGCUUUCCCCCCCGUCCUCGGUGGCGGGCCAGAUCUGGGACAUGGCCCUCACGGACCCCGACUACGCCUCCCAUAUCCUCGACACCGAGAAUGUCGCCGCCCCGUUACCGGCACGACUCACACGACUAGCACAUUUGGCAUCGCAAUUUAAUCCCACCUCCAAAUCUGACUCAGUGACUCUCCAUCACUGUCUCGACACGCUGGAAUCAUUGCUGGACCCCCGCCCUGGGUUGACGCAAGAGGUCGCCCGAUGCCGUCCCCAGACUCAUUCCCGACCGGCCAACUCGGCCGCUUCCAUUUCCACCACCGACUCCCAGGAAACAGCCGAUUCCCUUAUCUCGGUGGGGGAGAUGUCGCACCCCCAACUCAGGGAUAUUCUGGGCGAGGUUGCCGCGCUCAAGGUGGAAUUCGACCAGCGUCGGAAGGAGGCGUCGGAGAUAUAUGACCUCCUCAAGCAGGAGCGUCAAGCACUGACACAAAGGAUCACGGGAUUGGAAGAAGAGAUUCGUGAACUGAACAUGGAUAUCCUUGAAGACUCUGCCGAGCGUGAAGCGAUCCAAGGCACGAUACGAGGGCUCGAAAGCUGGGUGGAUGAAUGGCACAAACAGCGCCUGCUUAUUGCCGCUAGGAAACAAGGCGCAGCCUCACGGCGAAAUGGUCAAAGAAGAUGGACCAAACGCAAGGUAGAAGAUGUCGAUGGUGACGGCGAAGCACUUUUCGAAGGCAUCACUGGGUGGAUGCGAGGGUGGAAAGACGUCGAGGAAGUCUUUCGCAUCCGAGAGAGGAAUCGCAGUUUGAGGAGGGAAGAAAGGCAACAGACACAGGCACAGACGGGAUACAUAUAACGACCCUGCACAGCAGGCUUGUAGCCUUGAUUGACAAGGAGGAGGUUGGACUGCUGCAUUUGUGGAUUGAAUAGCCCAAGUGUGAAAGCAUGGCCCUUGGUGCAACGUGCUGAAGGGCUGCUGAAAGUUUCCGCUGUCGAAAAAAAAGCGCCAUGGGCAAUCACUGAUCAAUCGGUCCAUAAAGAAAUGGUACAGUGCAAGAAAGAAAAGAGAAGAAAACAAUGUAGCCACCGUAACCACGUGAAUUUGGCAACCGCCACCGCGUUUCCCUGAAGACCCAAGCUGCGCCGUUUAGUAUGGUCUAAUCCAAAGUCAUUGGGGGGGUGGAGAACUAGAGAUAAUGAUGUGGAAAUAUAUUGAUGAGUUUCUGAGGCAAGGGUGUCUGGUUGCGCUCCCACCACAUGGCACGUCGGGGCCUGCCGAGAACCGGGAG